AAAAAAAACAGAGAAAUAAAAAAAAAGAAAAUGAAAAUUAAAUGCUUUGUGCAACAGAGUUCGAAUGUGAAUACGAAUAAUACAAUCCAUAAGAUGUGAUUACCACAAACAAAAUAUAGGAUAGAUACUUAUUACCACAUCCUAUACCUCGUUUCUGGUCGAACGUAUGACGUAUGCUUUAUUCGUUGACAACAAAUUAACUGAACGAUGAGCCGAUCUAAGAACGGUCGAGCAAGCGAUUAAUAAGUGUGGAGUAACAGUUAUGAUCGAUCGGUAUAAAUCGACACGGAUAUGUAAGGAAUCCAUCGUAAUGUAUUCGUGCCGAUCGAUUUUUAUCAACAGCGUUUUUAAUAUACUACGUUACAGAAGAAGAAACGUGACACGUAAAGUCUUUCAGAAUCCAUAUACUAAAUUUAUGAAACAACAAAUAUAAAUUAUCCUCAACUCAAGGGUGAAAAAGUGAAAUUUAUGUUGAAGCGCAAGCGAGUAAUACGAUAUCUACGAGAGACAUUUUUUUUUAAAGAUGUCUUUAAACAUAAGAAUGAAUAAAUGGGCUCCAAAAUUGACAAUCAUCUUUCAGCUGACUAUUUGGAGUAUCAUUGGAAUUAUACUUCUACAAAAAGGUGUAAUCUCCUUGUGUGAAAAGACGAAAGUACGAAAUGACACAAUUAGCAAACAGGAAAAGUUAACAAAAUGGAAUGGAGAUGAAUUGUUUAAAGAAUCAAAUAUUACAGAAAAUCGUUUUAAAAUAAUAAAAUUUCAAAUAGACACUCAACGAGAAAACAUCACUAUUGAUAAGCCUAAGAAUAUUACAUCAAAUGAACAAUGGCAUAUCGGUAAUGGAAUAUUUAAAACGAUUUCAACGAUCAAAAAACGAACAACAAUUCGACAUGAACACGAUACUAGAGAUCUACAUUCAAUUCGAUCUUCAACAAUUUAUUCAAGUAACAAAAAUGAAGUAGAGAAAAUAAAGCACAAAGCGAAUAUUAUUAUUCCACUCACUUCUAAUGAAAAUCCUUAUGAGACAAAAAACAGUAAAAUGAAUGAUAGCAUGUCAAGUGUUUCAUUUGAAUUCAAAGACUUUGGUACUACUAAUUUAAUCAGGUUGAAUGAAAAAAAUUUUUUUGAGCACGAAAACAAUGAAAUUUCCCAUAAUAUAGAAAACAAUAAAAGUGAAGUCAAAUCGCGACGAUCACACGUAAACCGUAUCGGAACGGCUAUUGCUAUACUCAUGCUUGCAAUCGGUAUUGUCAUGUUACUUUUAGGACCGCUUAUAGUUAUCAUACGUACUUUUAAUCAUAGAAGGCGGACCAGAGAAAUGUUAAAAUCAAAAUGUUAUAACGAUCAGCCGCCAACUUACGAAGAAGCAACAUUAAUGGAUCAAGCACCAAGAUAUUCGACGCUCCAAUUGGAUACAAUACUUGAUUCUUCUUCUCUUUAAUCAUUUUGAUCUAGUUUUUCUUCUUUUUUAAUACACUUGAUAUUUUUAUUACAUUUUCUGUCAAAUUUUCUUUAUAUAUUU